UGUAAUCGCGAGAGCAACGUAAAAGUAAACAAUAUGGCCGGUGUACGAAGUACAUCGGUACAAGCAAACGGCACUGCUUAAUAAAUCAAUAUUUCAACUAUGUAUCGCAAUACUAUGUAGGCAUGUUUAAAUGUAUUUAAAUAGGCGGACUGACUAAUUUUCCCUUGAAAAUCGAAUUUCCCUCGUCGCAAUGUCUUCUGAAAAGAUCCUUUAUCGACUCGACCAGCCUCAUGGCACUGGCAAUAUCUAUAUUGCUUGGCGUCCUGGAAACAGCACCCAUCUGGCUACCACAGGUUGUGAUUCAACAGUUGCCAUUUUUGAUAGACAAGGUGAUAUUCAGGAACGAAUAUCAAUUCCUGGAUUAUGUACUGGUUUUGGUUGGGACUCAGAUGGAGAUUUGCUGGCAAUAAUAGCACAGAAUUCGUCAAGCAUAAUUCUAUGGGAUGCGACAACUGGAAAAAAGUCCCAGAUAGAUGCAGGUGUCAGAGAUGGAUUGAGCUGCAUGAUGUGGGCAAAGAAGAGUUGUUUGUUAGCAAUAGGGACACAAAAAGGAAAUCUGAUACUUUAUGAUCAUAUAAAUGCCAAACGAAUACCUAUUUUGGGGAAGCAUAAGAAGCGUAUUGUGUGCGGUGCAUGGUCAGUAGAUGGUCUUCUUGCCUUGGCAAGUGAAGAUAAAGUUCUAACUAUCAGCACAAUUGAAGGAGAUACACGCCGUGAAAUAAGUCUUCAAGGUGAUCCGUCUCAUCUGCAAUUUAGUGAAAUGAAAAUGGACCAUAGAAUAGGCGGUGAAAAUACAGUAUCCCUUAUUGUUAGCAAGACAACAUUAUUCUUGUACAAUAUUCUGGAUCCAGAGAAUCCUAUUGAAUUGGCCUUUCAGAAACGUUAUGGCUCAAUCGUAACUUAUAAAUGGUAUGGGGAUGGUUAUAUACUAGUAGGUUUUGAAGCUGGAUUCAUCAUAGCAAUAUCGACACAUAUAAAAGAAGUGGGUCAAGAAUUGUUCCAAGUAAAGAACCACAGAGACUCUCUAAUGGAUAUCGCGUUGAGUCAUGCGGUAGGAAAGGUAGCCACUUGCGGUGAUAGCACGAUCAAAGUGCACAGCUUGCAGAGUCUAGAGGAGACCGAGACGUUGAUCUCAGUGACCAACGAAACUGGAGUCAGCAAUAUCGAAUGGUCGACGGACGGAACGAUGCUGGCGGUUGUCACUUAUAUCGGCAACAUUUUGAUCUACUUGAUAGAGAUUCCAAAGUUGACUAGCGUUUGCGGCAACAGGAUAGCGUUAUUAACGAGUCUGAUGGAAGUAGCUGUGCACCUUUACACAUUAGACAAGGAUAAGCCGAGUCCGCAGAUAAUCAAUACCAUAAUAGAACCGUCGAUAUUAGCAGUGGGUCCGAUUCACGUAGCAGUAGGAUUGAACAAUAGAGCACUCUUCUGGGAUUUGUCUAUAAGCCAUUACGAUAAGAUACACUUCGAGAGAGAUUAUCUGGCCACAAUAGACAGCAUGUGUCUGAACGAAACGUACGUGUCGGCGUUGUUCGACGGGAAGCUGCAGUUGCACACGAUUAAAUCUGAUCAGACGUUAACGAAUGAUGGAAAAGACACAAAGAUGUUUCCGGACUCGAAUUCUACUCACAGUAGAAUAACGUGUCAUGCCCUUUGCUCGGAUUUUUUGGUUUAUGGUAAUGACAUGGGCCACAUCGUUUACUUUUACUUAGAGACGUUCAACCAGUGUACUGAAUUUAUACAUAACAAUGGCAUAAAGGAGUUAUAUUUGGACGCGAAUGGAACGCAAUUGUGUUUUGUCGACAAUAAGUCGGACGUUUACGUAUUCGAUCCGAUAAACGAAGCAGCCAUUGUAGUGCCUGACUGCCCAGAUAACAUCAACGGUAUUCUUUGGGAUCAGAACAUAUUCGAACGUGCUAUAUUUGCGAUAUACAAUAAAAGCAGCAUCGUGACGUACAUUUUUGUAAAAUACUUCGUCGAAGGUACCAAAAUAAUAAAGAUAAAUACUACAAAGUUACCAUCGGAAUCAGUGCCUUUAUUGAUGUACUCGGGAGAGGUGACAUUAAGUACAACGGGUAGCAAGUUGAUACAAAUAACGUUAGCUUCUCACGAAGAAGUGGGAAAUAUCGUGGAGUCUAAAAAGAUCAACGAGAUUUUGAACAAUCAGAUUCUAUGUAGACGUUUUCAACAAGCGUGGAACAGCUGUGAGAAAUUAAACGAGAAAGACGCCUGGCUAAAACUGGGGCGAAGCGCUAUCGCGAACUUGAAUAUUGAAUUCGCUAUUCGUGUAUAUCGGCAAAUAGAAGAUGCCUCAAUGGUAUGGACGUUGCAAAAUAUGGAGGAUAUAGACGAACUGGCGUUGCUGUGUGGUCAAGCUUGUAUACUACUGGGAGAUUAUAACGAAGCUGAAAAAUAUUUUCUACAGUCUUCCGAACCCGUGCAGGCCUUGUACUUGAGAAGGGAUUUGAUGCAAUGGGAACAGGCGUUAAGUCUGGCACAGAAAUUGAAACCUGAUGAAAUUCCUUUUAUCGCCAGAGAAUAUGCUCAACAAUUAGAAUUCACCGGGAAUUAUCCAAAGGCUCUAACAAAUUAUGAACGUGGUUUGGUUGACUACAACACUUCGUCUACCUUGGUAGCACAAAAUCCCCAUCACCGAAACCAGUGUUUGGCAGGAAUAGCGAGGAUGUCUAUUAGAUGCGGUGACAGUAGAAAAGGUGUCGGGAUAGCGCUGGAUAACGAAAGUUCGAGACUUCUGCGAAAGGAGUGUGCCGAGAUUCUGGAAUCAAUGAAACAAUUUAACGAAGCUGCGCUGUUAUACGAGAGAGCUGAAUACUUCGACAAAGCUGCCUCCGCGUACAUAAAAUUAAAGAAUUGGCAUAAAGUAGGUCAGCUUCUGCCGCAAAUAUCAUCAGCAAAAAUUAACAUACAAUAUGCGAAGGCCAAAGAGUCCGAGGGUAAAUACGAGGAAGCUGCGAAAGCAUAUGAAACCGCUAAAGAUUAUGACAAUAUAAUCAGAAUCAAUCUGGAACAUUUAAACAAUCCUGCUCGCAGUGUUGAAGUUGUUCAGCAAACGAAAAGUAUAGAAGGUGCAAAGAUGGUUGCGAAAUAUUUUCAAAAAAUGAACGAUUACAACGCAGCUAUUAAGUUCCUUAUUCUAUCGAACUGUCACGACGAAGCCUUUCAACUGGCUAAUCAGCACGGCAAAAUGGAACUGUACGGAGAGAUCUUGGUAAAUACAAUCGAAGACACUAAUGUUCGCAAGGAAGAUUUUAAAAGCCUCGCGAUGCACUUUGAAUCCCAGAAGAACAAUCUUUUAGCUGGAAAGUACUAUUUCCACGCCAAAGAGUAUCAGAAAGCUCUGCGGCAUCUAUUAAAAGCUGCUCAACUAGUGCCAGAUGAUGACAGAGCGAUUACUUAUGCCAUAGACACUGUCGCAUCUUCUAAGGAGGAUAAAUUAGCUAAUCAAUUAAUAGAUUUCUUGUUAGGGGGGGAUGGAUUACCAAAGGAUCCGAAGUAUCUUUUCCGCUUGUACAUGGCUAGGAAACAGUACAAAGAGGCGGCUAAGACGGCGAUCAUUAUUGCAAAUGAAGAACAAAUUAAUGGAAAUUACAGAAACGCUCAUGACGUACUGUUUGGAAUGUAUCAAGAGUUGAAAAGAAAUAAAAUUACAAUACCGUUAGAAAUGCAAACUAAUCUAAGGCUCUUGCACUCUUACAUCCUGGUAAGGUUGCACGUGAAGAGAAGUGACCACUUGCGAGGCGCCCGGAUGCUAAUAAGAGUAGCACACAACAUAUCAAAAUUUCCAUCACAUAUCGUACCAAUAUUAACUUCGACUGUAAUAGAAUGCCAUAGAGCGGGCUUGAAGAGUGCGGCUUUCAAUUUUGCCGCUAUGCUGAUGCGUCCCGAGUAUCGAGAACAGGUCGACGCGAAAUAUAGCAAAAAGAUCGAAGCAAUUGUGAGGAAACCACCACGAGCGAAGGAUGUCGAGAACGAAGAUGAGCUUCUCACUCCGUGCCCGUACUGCAAGAGCAGAGUUCCCGAGACUGAAGUAACCUGUGAUAAAUGCAAGAAUACCAUACCUUUCUGUAUUGCGACGGGACGACAUAUCGUGGAGGAUGAUUUUACGGUAUGUCCCCAAUGUGAUUUCCCUGCCAUUAGAAGUGAAUUUUUAAGGAUCAUUGAAUCUGAAGAAAUUUGUCCAAUGUGCUCAGAGAGAGUUGGGUCAGAGGCUGUCUCAUCUGUCACUGAUAUCCAUCCGUAUCUAGACUUUCAAGAGGAAAAGACGAUUAUAAAGGCCUAAUUUCUACAUAUUAGAAAUAGAAUAUAUUUGUGUUAGUGUACAAAAACCGAAUUUAUAGUCUAACUUACACAAAUUAGGAAACACUUUAGCUGUAUAGAAAUCCGCAUUUUUACUGCACACAUGAAAUGUGCCUUGUUUAUUGUGUGCCUUAGGUAAGUAAAUAUGAUCCACAUGUCAACAGAUGGUACUUCGUAAAAUAGUUUCAGAUAUUAGUGAUAGUAAGUGGGAUAUUUCGAUUGACUCGAGAGCAGUAAAACAACAGUAUUCUCAACGCAAACGGUGCCGUCCAUUAUGAGUACAAUUUAUUUGAGUACAAGAUAAGAGGUACAUAAUCUCAUUAUAUUAUAUAUAUAUAUGUAUAAAGAAUCAAUGUUAUAUAUCUAUGUGUCAUUUGCUCUGCAAGCCAUGCUUUAAUGUAGAUAUUGGUAUAAACGUAAAAUAUAAAAUGAUUCAACUCUGGUAUAACGCUUUACAAUCUUUUUGAAAACUCAAACUGCUGUGUGAAGUUGUCUCGUACCGAUCGGUAUCGAUAGAACCAAUCGUAACUUCGAAUAUAAUUUCAAUCGUAGAGUUCAAUUUCGACGGCAAUUUAGUGGCAAAUGUAAAUUAUUGCUAUCAAUGAUAAAAAGUCGACAUGAUCAAAGCAGAAUAUUGCAAAAACAAAAAAUGACAUCUGGUCAAUUCCUGUCGCCUAUUUGUCAUUAAACUGUGACACGAAGUUGCAAUAGUUUUGCUGUUAAUAUGAACGUAGCAUCUAAGAAUCUUUUACAAGUGCAAAUUCAUAUAUUUUGUUCACAUGUUUUCAGUAACGAUUUUGCAAUUUUGAUUGCCAAAUGUUAGACAUGGACAGUUAAAACGCUAGAAAACAAAAUUAUAACACUUGUGAUUAAAUUCUUGUAGUUAGACAACCAACUUUAACUUUAUUACCUUGCUAGAUCUGUUUUCUAACUUUUGUUACGUAAACUUUAUCCUGACUGCAUUUGCAUUAUAUGUUUCUUCUGCUAAAUAUAUCGGAAGCAAAAAAGUAUGCGAACACAGUAUUGUCUCAUGACUGGCAUAAUUUUACCAGUGAAUAACCUUCAAGUUCUUGUAUUCAAAUUCGAUGGAAUAUAUAUUUAAGCGCCACAUGUCGGUGCAGCAUGACUUUGAAGAAUCGACACGCAUAAUAAUGCGUGUUCAUCAUGAAUUCCGUUACAUAGUUGUUACAAUAUACUUAUAAAAGAAUUCUAGAGUAAAACGAAUCAAUAUUGCCG